UUGGCCAAUCAGUAAUCACAUAAAUAGUAGUAAGCAGGGGCGGACUGACCAUUUGGAAACUCGGCACUGCCCGAGGGCCCGGGGUCAGUAGGGAGCCCCAUGAGAUGCCCCUGGUACCUUUUUUAUAGGCUUUUUUUAGUUUGGGCAAGGACGCAGGGGCCCCAUGAUCCCCUAUUGCCUGGGGGCCCCAUCAGUUGUCAGUCCACCCCUGGUAUUAGUGAUUGGAAAAUCCAAAAUUUUUGAGUUGUCACCAGAAAGUGAGCGGAAAUUUUCCAGUGAAGGCACCUGGAAAUAACCUUCUUGAGUAGACUCCCCCCUAACUUUUAAGAGAUUUCCUCUCC